GUUCUCCUGAUUACCUAAGGUGCCUACCUGCAGAGGUAAGGACCAAACUGGUUGAUGAGGCCUAUGUUGAACAGCACACCUUCGCUUCUUUUAGUAAGAAAGCUCUGGACAUAGAGGCAAAGCUGGGGUCUGCGCAUAAGGUAUCUCAUGAUGUUAGGAUGAGACUCCCUCAGGACUGGAAGAAGAAAGGUCAGUUAAUGUUCGUUGAUCAUGAUGGUCAAACGACGGAGAUUGAUGAAUUCCCAGACCUUGGGGAGUUGACAGAGCAGGAUGGGGCCAGCGAGACUUCGGAUGGGGGAGUCAUGGCACCUAUCAAGGAAAAGGCUAUGGGGACUGGGAAGAAGAAGGUAGGACGGUCCGCGGGUCAGGGAGACCAAGGGACACCCGCAUGGGUGAAGCUUGGUUUGGAUUACGAGGUGUGGAGGGACCGAGUUGCUAGGGGCACUUGCAUGAACUAUGGCAAUUAUGGCCACACGUCGCGUACGUGCCGAGGCAAAAAGGUCACAACGAAGGUAGCCUCGCCAACAGUGGUGGGCUUAUCUUCGAAUCCUGGUAGUGCUUCUGCGAGCAGCUCAUAGGGAAACACCUCGGGCCAGUAGGAGUGUU